AUGUACUGUUUGCUCUUCGCUGUUAGUUUCUCUAUCUUCGCGCAGGUUAUUUCCCAGACGCCAUCAACCUACUUCAUCAACCCUCCAGCGGCAGGAGAUCAACUGUUUUUCGCCGAGAACCAGGCCUACGCUGUUGGUUCUACAUUCGACGUACAAUGGGUCACUGAUCAGGAUGCCUACAACAUAUUUCUAUGGCAACAGAGCCUCAAUGUCCAGUCCGCUGCAGAGGGUAGCAGUCCUAUAUACACUAAGAUAACCGGCUCAAAAGAAGAAGGGGGUUUUUCCUGGACAGUCAGCUUGCAACAGUUCAGCCUCAAUCAGUCAAAUGUCUUCUUCCUGGCAUUAAGUCCAGCAGGAGAACAAAAUUUGAACGGAGCGACAACCUCGCAUUACUUCAACGUAACCGCUACAUCCGAUGCUGCAUCUGACACCACAUCAAGUGUCACAAGCGUGUCCUCCUCUGCUGGACCCACGUCAACUUCAGCGCCGACAACAACAGCGACGGUUACAUUCUCCCCGACUCCCGUUGCGUCCCCGUCACAAACCGCUGUCCCCGCUGUCUCGUCCCCGUCUACAUCGAGCACGACAAUCGGCGUUGGCGUUGGCGUUGGCGUCGGACUCGGCAUACCUCUACUUCUCCUCAUCGGCUUUACGCUGGUGCCCCGAAGGUACCGUAGGAAGCUUUUUGCGGCCAAACCUCCCUCAUAUGCCAACAGUGUCGACCCGGACAAUACGUAUCCCGUUGUCACCCAACCAGCCAAGAACUAUGUUGGCGAACUGCCGAAUAGUGAGGUUGCUUUUGCAGCAACUCAGCAAAAUCAGAAUGCGGCACCAGUGGAAUUGGAUGGAUGGCAAUUGCGGAUGUCAAGAGCAGGACAACCCCCUGGAAACAGGAGCUGA